AACAGUAACUUUACAAGUGUAGUUCAUUCAGAGUUGACCGAAGCACGCAGAAGAGCAGCAGCCGCCAUGUCUGAGGCUGCUCCUCCUCUCCUCUCGGCCCAUCCUCUGCGGGCUCUGGUGGAUGAGAAGCUGACCGUGCGGGUGGACAACCUGCGGCCCGGCUGUCCGGUGACCAUCCGCUCCCUGCACCACUCUGAGGACCAGGACUUCUGGGAGGCGUACGGCCACUACGUCAGUGACCAGAGGGGCAGCGUGUCCGUAUCAGAAGAUGCCAGUGUGGGAGGCACCUACACCGGGAUUGAGCCCAUGGGUUUGCUGUGGAGCAUGAGGCCCGUCCCAGGGAGCCGCACCGGCCUCAGGUUGAGGAAGCUGAACGUGUGCACCCCCAUGGAGGUCAACAUCUCGGUCUACAGCGGACACCAGGACUUCCGGGAUCAGCCUCCUCUGGCCUCUGUGCUCGCAGAGAGGUGGUACAUGGCCCCAGGGGUCCAGAGGAUUAACGUUAGCGUUAAAGAGGUGCGAGGGACCCUGUUCAUACCCCCAGGUCCUGGACCCUUCCCCGGGAUGCUGGACCUGUGGGGAGGGGGGGGGGGACUGAUAGAGUACCGCUCCGCCCUGCUGGCGUCCCACGGCUACGCCACGCUGGCUCUGGAGUACAUCAAAGGCGAGGAAAUGCAGGCUGCUCCACGCAGUCUGGUGCUGGAAUACUUUGAGGCCGCAUUCGAUAUUGUCAAGGCUCAUCCUCUGGUGAGGGCGGACAGAGUUGGGAUUAUCGGCCUCUCCUUCGGCUCUAUUGUGGCUCUCAGCCUGGCAGCCGAAAGCAUCUGUGCCAAACCCCGGUGUAUUAUUUGCAUUAGCAACAUCCAUGUCACACCUCCAGGGAAGGACCUGGGCCAGUUUAAUCAGAUGUUCCCCAGACAGGUAAAGAUGAUCCGGGUGGAUGAGAGCAACAGUCAGGUGUGGAGGGAUGCGUCCCUGCCUCUUAUAAACAUCCCCUCACUGAAAGUCAAAGUGGGGAAGAUAAGCUGCCCGGUGAUGCUGGUCAACGGCAGCGAUGACCAGAACUGGCCCGCAGUGGAGACGGCUGCUGACAUAGAAAAGAUGAUGCAGGCAGCUGGCAAUGAACAUCUGCUGACCCGGCUGGACUACCCGGACGCUGGUCAUCUGAUCGAACCGCCCUUCACACCUCAUUUCAGAGCGACCAACUUCAUUUUGCAGACGACUAAAGAAAAGGUGGUGUUGCUGUGGGGGGGGCAGACCAAGCCUCACGCAGAUGCUCAGGAAGACUCCUGGAGGAAGAUGCUGAGUUUCCUGCAGCAGCAUCUGUACUGCAGCCCCGCUCACAUAGCCAAGCUGUGAGCUCAGACCGCCCCCCCGUCAUCGCCACCACGCCGGACCGGACUGGACAGGACCGGACCGG